UGCACCGAGCAGGCCCCUCUGCUGCUCUUGAUUGUGCGAUAUGUACGCGACCAGCCUCCCACCACGCCCCAACCCUCACGCUCGAACCGCAGAGAACUACGCACCGAGGUUCUCUCCCGACGAGCUUCCCCUGCUGCCUGUCAACUGGGUCCCCUCUUGGCGGUCUCCUCCGUCCAAAAUAUGGGAAGACCCUGCUGGCGUAAAGCGUGGCGAAAACGGGGCAACGACCGCUGCUACCUGUUACGUGUCGGAAUCUGCUGCCGCUGCCCGGCCUCGGACAACGGGCUCGAUAGGAUUUGUGAGGGACUCGUCUGCGAGAGAGAUGUGGGGCACUCUUCGCGACAAUUGCACCGGACGACUCCACGCCGUGCAGACCCACAACAUCUCCGACAGGAGCAUUGACUCGGGGCUCAUCCCACCGCAUCUCCUAGACGGUAGCGUACCCCCUCCCCAGGGGAAGAGGGCUACAAGCCUGGACUACUUCCCGCCGUGCGUGCGACCUGCCACCGUUCCCGCUAUCCGCAUGGGGCACCAAUACAGGCUGAUCCGGGAUACUCCCGCGAAGCGGCUGGAAGCUUACAAGAGAGGAGCCGUGCUUCGAGAUGGGCCCGUCCGCAUCGUCAGGCACACCUCAAAGGACCGGACGUUCAUGAAGAAGAGCGCGCACAGGAAUCCUCGGGGCAUCUCCCGCAAUGUCUUGGGCGGCUUCUGCACGUCCUAGGCAUUAGCAGGAGCUCCAUCGCUUGGGGAAUGUGCAAUGAUUUGUUUUUUGUUCGUGAUGUCUUGUUGUAAAUCUUCCAGGGGGUUCGGCGAGGGAGGGAUGUUGCAUGCGAUACACAGACCUCCGCACAGUCACACAAGGGAUCCCGUCGCCCCUCUCCCCAUCUUGCGUUGUUCCCCCGACCUAGAAAGUUGCGUCGAUGCUGCUAAUUGUAGCUCGAAAUCGUGCUCCCGAACAAUGUCGCGUGCUGUUGUCUCUUGUCCUUGUUGCGCGACACGGGCAGCUUUCUUCCCUUUCAAGGGUGAUAACACCUUGUCUCUUCCUGUUUGUGCGUAAAACUUAGGCGAGGGCGACUUUCGCUUCGCUUUUGGUGUCGACGCGUGGGUACAUGUGUGUUUGCGGAGGAGAUAACCCUCCCGUUUGGUUUUCGUGCGGCGUGGAGCGUGUAAGCGAGUCCCGUGUGUGUUUUUUUUUUCUUCACCAAAUGUUCGAGAACGUGUUGGUUUUGCUGCCGUGCGUAGACCAAAUAUUGUUUGUGCGGUUUGGCAAGGAGUCCUGAUUUCUUUGCCAAAAACAUGAUAGUGCUGGGAUGGUCGUUUUCAAUGACGUGGGAAAGCGAGAGGAAACUGCAACACACCCCGACAUAAGAGUAUUGGCUCAGAUAUAUAAUUGAACUUGAAUACAUUGUAUCAAUCACAAACUGGCUGUGUUUUCCACCACAACAAUAGAGGAGUUAACACAGGUGGUUUGUCAUUUCUUGCUCUCCU